AUGCUAUUACCAAGUCUGUUAGGUUUCCUACUACAAACGACGAUACUCUUCCAUAAAACAAAAGCUGACAGUGACGCACAGUCCCUGUAUGGUACAUGGUCAUCCAAAUCCAAUCAAGUCUUUACAGGCCCAGGUUUCUAUGAUCCAGUCGAUGAACUCUUGAUUGAACCCUCUUUACCUGGUAUUUCAUAUUCCUUCACAGAAGAUGGAUGGUUCGAAGAAGCAACAUAUCAAGUCUCCGGUAAUCCAAAGGACCCCACAUGUCCCAUGGCUUCCUUAAUUUACCAGCAUGGUAAAUACGAAAUACUAUCUAACGGUACUCUAAUACUACAUCCCAUCGAAGUUGACGGGAGACAACUAUUCAGUGAUCCAUGUAACGAUGAUGGUAUCUCCACUUAUACAAGAUAUAAUCAAACUGAAACAUUCCAUUCAUUUUCUGUACAAAUUGACUCGUACCAUGGGGUUUGGUCGUUACAAUUGUAUCAAUUUGAUCAAUCCCCUAUGCAACCUUUGUAUUUGGCUUAUAAACCUCCGAUGAUGUUACCUACUGAAACUUUGAAUCCAACUGAUACGAGUAAUACUGUGGAAAAUACUGGUACAGUUGAUGGUGCAUCAGAAACUGGAUCCUUACAAAAGAGAUCCUUAAGGUCUAUGGUUAAGAGAAGCUUAGAAAAUAGACAUAAGACUUCUGCUAGGAAGAUUCAAAAGGGAUUUUGGAGUUCGUCCAUUUUUUGGUAUAUCGCUUCUGGUAUGCUUGGCUUAGGUUCAAUUUUAUUUUUAAUGGCCUGA